AUGACACUGUCUCAACAGCGGCGUCCAUCACAUCCACCAGCUUAUCCAGACGACGAUCUACCCAUGAUGCAAGGAGAAGGAGAUGGUGCUGGUGGAGAGAGGAGUGAGAAGGUCGAGGACAAGGACCCAGCACCAGUGAAGAGCAGUUGGCUGGAUCGUAUUAAGAGCAGAGGGAAGGAACCUAGGGUGGCCAAAGUGGGUGAAGGUCACGACGACGAAGGUCACGAUAGCUCCGACAUCAUGGUUGGAGGCCCUGAAGAGCUUCCUAGCUACUCAAGCUCUAUUGCCAUCGAAGGCAUAUUUCACAAGAAACAUGAGAUCGAAAACACCACCAAAAGAGCCGAAGAUCGCCAGUGGCAUACCGUCUCUGUCGUCCUCAACGGAACUGCCCUAAGCAUCUACAACACCAAGAAAGACUGGGGCUGGGGCAAGGCACGCGAUGGCCCUUCCAUUAGUCCCGACAAUCCCCCUUGGAUUAAGAGAGCGAAACUCGAAAAGACGUAUAGUCUUUUGCAUGCUGAUGCUGGUAUUGCUGCCGACUACAAAAAACGUCGUUACGUUAUCCGAGUGCGAGCUGAAACAGACCAGUUUCUGUUGUCUUGUAUCGAACUAAGCACGUUUGUCAAGUGGCUUGAGUGCUUGUUUGCGGCUAUUGAUGUUGCAGCCCCCAUCGAUGAGCGAGAUUUCCCGCGCGACAUGUCUAUCCCUAGAAUCCAGCGAAUCCGGUGGUUCCGCAGCCAAACAGGCGUCGUCUAUCCAAGCACCCAGCCGGAAAUUCAGCAAGACCCUCCUCCAGAGGCCGAGACCUCCGGUUCUCCUGAUGGAACAGAACAACCACCUUCAUCUCCUCCGCCUCUGCCAACACCGACGCCCGCGCCUUCACGACCUCGCCCGGAGGAAGAGGCACAGAGCACCGAAGUUCUAGCUCCCCACCUAAGAAUCGAUCCCAGGAAUGACCCAUUUCAUACCAUGAGCACAUCCUCGUACCCAAAUCCAUCCAUUGAUCCUCAUACGGGCAAAUGGUUUCCUGAACACCAGUGGUCAACUGCUCACGAUCUUUUGUACGCCAAACUUUGCUACAGCAAUCUACUGUUCCGAAGCCCCCGCAAAUCGAAUUAUAUCAUCAGCAAAGGGAAGCAGUGGUUCGUCGACUGGGGCACCGGCAGAAUGGUCCGCGUGCUCCCACCAGCCUAUGGCGAGAUAGAAUACUUUGGCCCUUGGCAGGUCAUUCAUACCGAAAACAGAAGGAUUUAG